AUGCCUCAGUGUGACCUGCAAGGUGGCAUUGUUGGCAUGGUUGCCGGUAAUAACCUCUGUGCUUCUAAAGGCUGCCUCGGGGCAGCUGGUCCUGUGCAAAACUUCUUAUUAAUGAGCAGCCCUGACCAGAGUGUUGACUCUGUUGCUGCUGCUAAAGGCUUCUUCCACGGCGGGGAGACUUCCCCCCAGAGAUUGCAAGGGAGGAACUUCCUGUUAGAAAAACCUUCAGGUUUCAAAAUUAAUGUUUCUGUUUCAAACCAGGACAGGUCUCAACAGAUGAGUGUCAUCACCAUGGUGCCUUCCACGGUGUUCUGGGGCCUUCUAGCCCUCAUUGCGCAUGAUGGCUUGCUGGCUUCUGCUUUCAUCAUGCAGGUGAUCUCUCUCAGCGUCCCUAUUCACGCGGUGCUUUUGCUGCCUAACUCAGGUCCAUUCACAACUCUAUGCGCGAAUGCGAGAGAGUGGUACUCAUUCUGCCUUCCAGGCACUUCCAGGGGCUCAUACCCUUUCACCCACCCCGUAAACCCUCACCUGCAUCAUCGCCUGUACCAUGGCUGCUACGGAGACAUCAUGACCAUGGAGACUUUCGGGGCCCCCUGUGACAUAAACAGUCUGAUGUACUGUGGGGUCCACGGUUCGGAAAUGUUUGCCGAGAUGGACUUGAAAGCCAUAAGGCCUUACCGGGUCCUCAUCAAAGAAGUAGGACAGAGGCACUGCAUUGACCCAGCUGUCAUCGCAGCCAUCAUCUCCAGGGAAAGCCACGGUGGAGUCGUCCUGCAAAAUGGCUGGGACCAUAAGGGGCAGAGAUUUGGCUUGAUGCAGCUUGAUAAAAAAUUGUAUCAUCCUAUUGGUUCCUGGGACAGCAAAGAACACCUUCUACAGUCUGCUGGGAUUCUAGCAGAAAAACUUAAGGCAAUCCAGAGGAAAUUCCCCACGUGGAAUGCGGUCCAGCACCUCAAAGGUGGUCUGACUGCUUUCAAGUCAGGAACGGACGCUAUUGUCACUCCUGAAGACAUAGAAGCUGACUUAGCCGAUGAUGUUAUUGCCCGAGCUAAAUUCUACAAAAGACACGGCUUCUAGGUGGAG